AUGGCAGCUUCAUGUAGCCGGAUACUUGAGUUGGCCAAGCGGCUGCGACUGGGCAAUAAAAUUCUACGCCAGCGACUGCGAGGACCUUCACUGGCGGCGUGGUAUCCCAGAAAGACUGUUUCAUUCCGUGACUUGCAGGAUGCCUAUCGUCCGCUCGGCUUGACCGUCUUCGACGAGUAUGAGGACGAUCGGGAAGAGGCCAUUCAAAUAGCAAAACUGAGGGGGAAGGGAAGGCCUAAGAAAAAGAGAUCUGCAGCUGAAUCACGAUCGGCGAAGAAGAAGAAAUAG